AUGCAAAAGCAGCCUGCUGUCAAUACACCAUUAGGAUUACCCCCUAGACCUAAUACAAAACCUCGCAUUGAUCCAAAUCAAAUUCCUUCACCUAUUCAAAUGCAGCAAAAAGACGAAGCACUUUAUGCUGAUCCAGACUAUUAUUAUGGUACCUGCAAUACAGAACAACCUCUGCCUCUGGCCAGUACACCCUUCCGUGUCCUGGAUCAGGGCAAUUGUAACCCACGAUUCAUGCGAUCCACACUCCAGACCAUCCCUCAAGACCAUAACUUGGUUCGUGAUACAGGUUUGCCUUUUGGAUUAGUCUUGCAACCAUUGGCUGCAGACACUGACCCUUUGCCUCUUGUGCCUUUGUCCUCUUUGGUACGAUGCACUCGGUGUAAAGGCUACCUCAAUCCUUGGUGUCGGUAUACAAGUGGAGGUAAAAAGUUUGUAUGCAACCUAUGUGAAUUUGAAAACACAGUCCCUGAGGCCUCUUUCUGUCCCUGUGAUAUGAAUGGUAGACGCAUGGAUAUAGAGCAACAUCCUGAACUUAUGCUUGGCUCUGUUGAAUUUGAAGUGCCUUCUGAAUACCAUGGUAAUGUGCCACCUGUGCCUUUGCAUUGGUUAUUGGCCAUUGAUGUAUCUCGACAUGCAAUUCAGUCAGGCAUGUUGAAGGCUGUAUGUGAUACUGUAAAGCAUAUGCUGGCAACUGGUUCGCCUGCUGGCAUGAAGAUGGCUAUCAUGACAUUUGAUACGUCCCUACAUUUCUACCAUAUGAAGGCAGGAUCAACACAAGCAUCCAUGAUGGUAGUAUCUGAUAUUCAAGAUGUAUUUGUGCCCAUGUCGCAAGGUCUUUUUGUUGAUCCUAUUGAAUUCAAAUCUGUGAUUGAAGGACUGUUGGAUCAAUUGCCUAGUUUACAUCAACAUGCAUUUGUUCCUCAUGCUGCUUUUGGUGCGGCUAUGGAAGCUGCGCUUGCUGCUAUGAAACAAACAGGAGGUAAAGUGUCUGUGAUGCAAACAUCAUUGCCUUCCCUUGGACCUGGUGCCUUAAAGAGCCGUGAUGAUCCUUCACUCUAUGGUACUGAGCGAGAAAAGAGUCUAUUUGCUCCUCAAGGUUCAUAUUAUACUCAAUUGGCUACCAAGUAUGUUCAGGCAGGCAUGACAGUGGAUGUCUGGUUAUUCCCCACAAGUUAUGUGGAUGUGGCUACCACAGGCCUGAUUUCCUCGCUGACAGGUGGUGAUACGCAUUAUUUCCCUCAUUUCCAUCCUGACAAAGACAGUGUUCGAUUGAUGCAUGAUCUCAGUCAUUCUGUUCAACGAGUACAAGGCUAUCGAGGUGCACUUCGUGUGCGAUGUUCAAAUGGACUAUCUGUCAAAGAUCAAUACGGUAAUUUCUCCAUGACAAAUGCCACGGAUAUUGAAUUGGCUGGUAUUCAUGCGGAUACGACACUGGGUAUUGCCUUGAAACAUGAUAGUACACUGGCUGAAUCCUCGCCUGCUUAUUUCCAAUGUGCUUUACUCUAUACGACAGCAGGAGGACAACGCCGUGUGCGUGUGCAUAAUUUGAGUGCCAGUAUAGGCACCUCUGCUCAUCCUCUCUUUAAGCAGGCUGAUCUAGACACAGCCAUGAACUUGUUAAUCAAGCGUACCAUGACAUGGUCUGCCAAGAAAUCCCUGCAUGACUUAUCGAAUGACCUAGAUACGUUGUGUGUUAAGAUUUUGACAGCCUAUCGCAAGUAUUGUGCGUCCAAUGCAUCUCCAGCACAAUUGAUUUUACCCGAGUCAUUUAAAGUAUUGCCCUUGUUGUUGUCUUGUUUCAAGAAAUCAGUUGUACUAAGAAAAGAUGCUUCCAUCUCUAUUGAUACCCGCGUUUACUUUAUGCGAAAGAUAAAGACACUCUGUAUUUCUGGUACCAUUCAAUGGUUAUACCCUCGCUGUAUUCGACUGGAUACCUAUGCAUUAGAACGCUUAUCUUAUGAUCGUCUUGAUCCUACCUGUAUUUACUGGAUUCAAAGUCAUCAUGCUAUCUUUAUUUGGAUUGGUCAACAAGCUUCUUCUGCUUGGAUAGCAGAUCUGUUUGGUACAACCGAUAGACAUCAAGUCAAAUCAGAGAUUCAGCCAAUCAAUCAACGGUUAUGGGAUUUAUAUCAAGCCUCUGUUCGACAUGUUGCUUAUUUACCUUCUCUUCAUGUUAUUCGUCAUGGUAUAGAUCUUGAAGUGUCCUUGGCUGAAGUAUUAUUAGAAGAUGAGAUCUUUGGUCAAAUGAGUUAUGUGGAUUAUUUGUGUAUGAUUCAUAAACAAAUUCAACUUGAGGUAAAAAAAAAAAAACAAGUGUGUAUAUAUAUAUAUAUAUUUACUUUUAUUCUUAGUUGGAAAGAGACAAACAAGAUACGGCUAUUGCUUCUGCUUCUUAUUGGGCCCAUCGUUAUUGAAAAAAAAAAAUAA